UGAACCUCAUGCGUGAGAGUCGCGUCACUGUCCAGUGCGCUAUCAAUCAAUUUAAAAAGAAAAAGAAAUAACCGUCGAUUUAACAAACAUUAGUGAAAGUAACAAACUUGUGUUACCCAGUGCUCGUUUUAAAUGUGAAAAAACAAAGUGAACUGUGAAAUGAAUGAAGACAAUUAAGCAGCCACCCUAAAUGGUGUAAACAAAACAUAAUUUCGUAACACUAAAUCAUGGAGGACGUAUACACUAUUAGAAUAAAGACAAAACCGGAUACAAGGAACUUGUAUCCAUCUGAGAGGAGAUAUUCAGCGUCAACUGUAUCAGGACUAGCAUGGGUUCAUAUAGCAUUAGCGGCGACCUCAUUCUUGUUAGCGUGUUUAGCUUUAGUGAACCCGACAUUAGACGUCACCGAAAGCGCUAACUCAACACAGACUUUCGACAACAUUACGACGAACGAAAACGACACUGAAACUUCAAAUGCACCCACCAGUGGUUAUAUUUUGGUUCUAGCACCAUCUUUAAUAACAGUAUUCGGGUUAGCAUCUGGUAUAACAUCCAUUUUGGCGUCGGUCAGAUGGUACAUUGACCGUAAUAUAACAUGGUUAUUCGUUGUGUCUUGCUUAUCAACUGUUGUAUCUUUUACGUCGCUUCUUAUGGUAGCAGUAUGGUUUAUAAACACCACAGAGGGUGAUAUUACAGAAUUUUACAAAGACAAAGUUCCUUUUAAGGACAUUCUUGUUAUAAAACACACAGAUGUAAUAGAUAAAAACGAAUCUCAUUUGAUAGUUGCAUUAAAUCAAACUGGGGAUGAAGAAGAACCUUCUUAUUUGUUCACUAAAAGGGUAUUAUCUAUAAAUAUACUAAUAGCAGCAUUCUUAGAGUUAUUGUGGUCUAUAUUAAGUGUAAAGAUAUCAUAUAAAGGCAUGAGAAACAAUUAUAAAGACGAUGGAGGUGAGCGUCGAGGUAAUUGUAUAUCGGUAGUUACAACAAUCAAAGGUAAUGACCCAAAGAAUUUGCCUCGAAACGGCAAACUACCUAAACCGGAUUUAAUCGAACAUUAUCCGAGCAAAAAGAUCAAAAGAGUAUUUUUAGCGCAAAACGAGAAUUUCUAUUUAAAUAAAAAUCAAAAUGGCAAAGCUAAGAAUACGGAGACCAGUUCUGAAUUCUAUAAAGAAAGGAUGAUUAACUUUUUGAAUAAAUGCGCGUCUAUGGAAGAGGUUUCUAAUCCGGAGAGGACUCCGAGUGUACAAUCUGAAGCUGUUUUAAAUACUAUACCUGAAGUUACUAAUGUGGAAGUAAAUGUAGAAAGAACACCGGGUAAAGACAGAGUGACGCCUGUCAGUUGGGGCGAUUCUCCUGAUCACACUGUUUACAAUCAGAACAAUAUUAAUUUCGAUAAAAUCUUUAAUUUCACAAGAAAAACUGAUAAAGAAAGCGAAAAGUGCGAUGGAGCGAGUGAAAAUGUACAGAAUAAUUAAAUAACCGUGAAUUUAUUGGAUCGUUUAAUGAAUCGAAAGUUGUAUAUUAUAACGACCUUUAGGUAACGGUGUUAGGGUCGUGUUAUGCACUUCGAUUGGGUGAUUACAACCUUUUUGCUGUAAAAAAAUAUAGAUUACUUAACAAGACUGUUGUUGAUAGUUACUUAUUGUUUUUAUACGCUUUUUUAUAAUUGAAAUGAUUCUCAUUUAAAAUUUUGCGUCAGGUUUUUCUUAAUUUAAAUUAGUCUGACUUUUUGUAAAAUUGUGAUUUCGAAAAAUAUUAAUUCAUUUAAUUUCAUGGAUUUCGCGAAGGAAGUUAUUGUUACUUAGAGUAAGUAGGUA